UGUGCGUUUGGUGGUUCCGCGGGCGCCAGGGGCUCGGCGAGCAGCAUCUGCAACCGGCACCAACGCCGCCGCCACCGGAGUCUCCGCCGCCGCCGCCGCCUUAGCAGUGCACGCAGUUCGGCCCCGCCGCGUGCCCGGCGGGUGCCCCGCUUUCCCGUGGGCCCGGGGGCCGGCGCGCCGAGCCAUGCCCCGGGCUGCCGGCGGUGGCCAUGGGGCGGCACGGCGGCGGCGGCGGCGACAGCGGUAAGAUCGUGAUCAACGUGGGCGGCGUGCGCCAUGAGACGUACCGCUCCACGUUGCGCACCCUGCCGGGGACCCGGCUGGCCGGGCUGACCGAGCCCGAGGCGGCCGCGCGCUUUGACUACGAUCCGGGUACAGACGAGUUCUUCUUCGACCGCCACCCGGGAGUCUUCGCCUACGUGCUCAACUACUACCGCACCGGCAAGCUGCACUGCCCGGCCGACGUGUGCGGUCCGCUCUUUGAGGAGGAGCUAGGCUUCUGGGGCAUCGACGAGACAGACGUGGAGGCCUGCUGCUGGAUGACCUACCGCCAGCACCGCGACGCCGAGGAGGCACUCGACUCCUUCGAAGCUCCCGACUCCUCGGGCGCCGCCAACGCCGCCAACGCCGGAGGCGCCCACGAUGCAGGCCUGGACGACGAGGCGGGCGCAGGAGGCGGCGGGCUGGACGGAGCAGGCGGCGAGCUCAAGCGUCUGUGCUUCCAGGACGCAGGCGGAGGCGCCGGGGGACCUGCCGGGGGCGCGGGCGGCGCGGGCGGCACGUGGUGGCGGCGCUGGCAACCCCGCGUGUGGGCGCUUUUCGAGGACCCCUACUCGUCGCGGGCCGCCAGGUAUGUGGCCUUUGCCUCCCUGUUUUUCAUCCUCAUCUCCAUCACCACCUUCUGCCUGGAGACACACGAGGGCUUCAUCCACAUCAGCAACAAGACGGUGACGCAGGCCUCCCCGAUCCCUGGGGCUCCCCCAGAGAACAUCACCAAUGUGGAGGUGGAGACAGAACCCUUCUUGACCUAUGUGGAAGGCGUGUGUGUGGUCUGGUUCACCUUUGAGUUUCUCAUGCGUGUCACCUUCUGCCCGGAUAAAGUGGAGUUCCUCAAGAGCAGUCUGAACAUCAUCGACUGUGUGGCCAUCUUGCCCUUCUACUUGGAGGUGGGCCUGUCAGGCCUCAGCUCCAAAGCUGCCAAGGACGUGCUGGGCUUCCUGCGUGUCGUCCGCUUUGUUCGCAUCCUGCGCAUCUUCAAGCUGACCCGCCAUUUCGUGGGCUUGCGUGUGCUGGGCCACACACUCCGGGCCAGCACCAAUGAGUUCUUGUUACUCAUUAUCUUCCUGGCUCUGGGGGUCCUCAUCUUUGCCACCAUGAUCUACUAUGCUGAGCGCAUUGGUGCCGACCCUGAUGACAUCCUGGGCUCCAACCACACCUACUUCAAGAACAUCCCCAUUGGCUUCUGGUGGGCUGUGGUCACCAUGACCACCCUGGGCUAUGGAGACAUGUAUCCCAAGACAUGGUCUGGGAUGCUGGUUGGGGCGCUGUGUGCCCUGGCUGGUGUGCUGACCAUUGCCAUGCCUGUGCCCGUCAUUGUCAACAACUUCGGCAUGUACUAUUCACUGGCCAUGGCCAAGCAGAAAUUGCCAAAGAAGAAAAACAAACACAUCCCCAGGCCUCCACAGCCUGGCUCACCCAACUACUGCAAGCCUGACCCCCCACCUCCACCCCCGCCACACUCCCACCAUGGCAGCGGUGGCAUCAGCCCACCACCGCCCAUCACCCCUCCCUCCAUGGGGGUGACUGUGGCUGGGGCCUACCCACCUGGACCCCACACACACCCCGGGCUGCUCAGGGGUGGUGCUGGGGGACUGGGCAUCAUGGGAUUGCCUCCUCUCCCAGCCCCUGGUGAGCCCUGCCCACUGGCUCAGGAAGAGGUGAUUGAAACCAACAGGGCAGUGGACCCCCGUCCCAAUGGGGACCCCGCAGCCGCUGCACUGGCCCACGAGGACUGCCCUGCGAUCGACCAGCCAGCCAUGUCUCCAGAAGACAAGAGCCCGAUCACCCCCGGAAGCCGGGGCCGCUACAGCCGGGACCGAGCCUGCUUUCUUGUCACUGACUAUGCCCCCUCCCCUGAUGGCUCCAUCCGAAAAGGUUACGAGAAGUCCCGCAGCCUGAGCAGCAUUGUGGGCCUGAGCGGGGUAUCCCUGCGCCUGGCGCCCCUCGCCACUCCCCCAGGCUCGCCCCGGGCCACGCGCCGAGCUCCCCCGACCCUGCCCUCCAUCCUCUAGUGCUCCCUCUCCCGUGAGGGGACUGGGGGUGAUGGGAAGGUCGAAAGGAGCUAGGAGUGGGGGCGGGGAAAGGGUUCUUUAAAAAAAAAAAAGUCAUUAAUAAUAUGCAAAAGAGGCAAUGAUGCCAGCAGACACCCUCGGGCCUCUCCCCAAGUACUAGAGCCUCCAGGAUAGAGGGGGUGGGGCCGGAGCCUGUUCUCCCCCUACUCUCUCCCCUCCCUCCCCCCCCCAAAAAAAAGCAAACCUCAGGUUGUCAUGAGCCAUAGGACACCCCUCCCAUCGACUCCUGUAAAUAACUAAAAGCUGAUUCCAUCUUGGGGCACACUCCAGUUUGCAUGCCUCCCAGACCCCCUCUUCAGCAAUAAGCCCAUCAGGAGCUGCUUGCAGUGAGUUGGAGGGGAGGCCGCCAGGAGCUUCUGGGGUCGGGACUGGCAUUUUAGGGGUUUUCCUGCUCACCCCCCAAAAUGGUGACCCACCCAUCACUAAUUGAUUCAGGAAAAACAAACAAAAACCUAGGAACGUGUAGGGAAAGGAAAGCAGGUUGAUCCGGCCGCAGCCUUCAGGAGCUCCGCUGGGGGUGGGGGGGUUCUGCCAGCAGCUCCCGGGCUUGGAUGACUCCAGCUGGUGCAUUCCACCCACGCCCGCCUCCAGGGAUCUGCUCCCUCUAUUCACUGCAUGGACUUAGCCCUCCAGGCCCACAACCCUCCACCCUACCCUGACUCCACUCUAUCUCAGAACA